UGGACGAUUGCUGAGGUCGGUUUGAUCAAACCUCUCGUAGUGAUGGAGAUCCUCAGAAUGACAUCGACGUUCGGCUUCAUCUCGCAGCGCUCAGGACCAGAAUUGUGGAGUAACGUCUCAGAUCUCAGCCAAACGUUUCCUCUUUCGUUAUCGAGCGAGCUGCCGCCGAUAGAUAGAUCCUUGCAGAACUCAACAAACAGCAAUGUUUUAUACGGGCCAGACAUGGCAGGGAUUCUCAUUCCUCUGAUCUACAUCACCGUGUGUAUCGUCGGCCUGAUCGGAAACACACUGGUAAUCCACAUCGUGUUGCGAUAUUCACCGGCCGAGUCGGUUACGAAUAUCUACAUCCUGAACUUAGCCAUAGCGGAUGAACUCUUUAUGCUAGGUUUACCUUUUCUCGCCGUGCAAAACGGUCUCCUCUCCUGGCCCUUCGGCUCCUUCAUGUGUCGUCUGGUUAUGACCGUAGAUGCCAUUAACCAGUUUACUAGCAUCUUCUGUCUGACCGUCAUGAGCAUCGACCGGUACCUGGCCGUAGUGCAUCCUCUCCGCUCCUGUAGGUGGCGCCAGCCGCGUGUGGCAAAAGUCGUGAAUGCCACGGUGUGGGCCGUUUCCUUUGUGGUGGUCUUACCUGUGGUGGCGUUUGCAGACGUUCUGAAAGACGACGGAAACUGCAGCAUCGUGUGGCCGGAGCCAGCGGAGGUCUGGAAAGCGACGUUUAUCAUCUACACGGCGACCGUGGGAUUUUUUGGCCCGCUGACGGUGAUAUGCCUGUGCUAUCUACUGAUCGUGGUGAAAGUACGCAGCUCUGGUCGCAAAGUUCGAGCCACGUCUAUUCGACGCAGGAAAUCGGAACGGAAGAUAACGCGCAUGGUCGUGAUCGUCGUGGCGGUGUUCGUCCUCUGCUGGUUGCCGUUUUACGUAUUAAACAUCGUAAACCUGCUAGUGCUGUUGCCGGGUGAGUUUCGCGGCCUGUAUUAUUUUGUCGUGGUUCUGUCCUACGCUAACAGCUGCGCCAACCCCAUUCUCUACGGCUUUCUGUCCGAUAACUUUAAAAGAGGCUUCAGGAAAGCUCUGUGCCGGUCGUCUAGACGCGUAGAGAACCAGGAUCAACGGCAAGGGACGGGAAUGGUUGCUCUACCGCUGGAAGAGAUCCAAAGAGAACUGAACCUCGCAAAAGACAACGAGACGAGAGAGGUGAAGCGGCUGGGCUACACGGAAGAAGCCGACGAAAAGACGGAGCUCUGCGGGAACGGACGUGGAUACCGGCAGGUCACCGGGAGAGCAGAUGGUGGCAUUGGCAAAGCUGUGGAUGGACGACGUGAACGCUCCAUCAGCCUGAACCCUGAACCCACAGCUGUCAGCAAUGGAGCACAAAGACACGCACAAAAAGUCCUGUCUGAGAAGAGUGCCGAUAAAAUCACAGCUCUGGAAAUCAGUUAUUUGUAAUCUGGACCGACUGCAUGAUUAUAAGGAUGACAAAAUGCAGGGUAGCAGAAAAACAAUGCAAAGAUGUGAGUGGAUGAAUGAGUUGACCUCUGACCCCACAGCUGCUGUUCAUCUAACACGAGAUCCAUUAUGACAAACAUCACUGCUUCAUUCAGGACGUAUAAAGGCAGAUGAUUUGGCAAAGCUGAAAAUAAUCAUCACAAACACAGACUCUGUAGAUUAUAAUGUCAAUCUGAAGUGUUAUUCAGCCGGAAAAACUACCUGCUACAAAUCCAUCAGCUGUUAAACAAACUAUUUGUCAGGUUUGAUAUCAUUGUUACUCUCUGAAUCUACACAUCUUUCUUUUGUGUUUGUUUGUGAAGUGUGUGUGUUCAGAUGUUUUAGGACUCACUGCACAUAGUGAUGUCAUACAGAUCUUGUAUGUGUGGACGGAGAGAAAUCCUAAAACACAUCAGAAACAACAAGAAAAAUGUCAAUGACAGAAGUGUUAAUAACAUGAUA